GCUUAGUGCUGGGACCACAUCCCUGGGGAGCCUGUGCCAGUGCCCACCAUCUCCUGAUAUCCUUAACCAAUAUGUUAUCGCCAACCCGUACGGGAUCAAUAAGCUGCUCUGAGUUUUGCAUGGGCUGCGGCUCGGUUUUGCCCAGUGGGUAGAGCAGGAUUCUUGAGCCUGGUCAUCAGAGUCCUUUGCCUUGUUCACAUCCAGUUUGGAGCUCCCAGCUCCUGUGUGUGACUGCUUGCAUCAACAAUUCAGAGACAAGUCUUUGCAGGAUGGGCCUUUUGUUUUAUUGUACAUGAGGAAAAAUCACUUAAGCCUUUCUCUGCUUAAUUGAGGUAAUUAAACCUUCUUACCUUGCAGCACAAGGGGCUCGUUAAUGUUUUUGAAGCAUUUUGAAGUCCUUGGAAAGAAGAUGCGGUUUGCUGUUGUGUCAUGUUUGGCAAAAAAAAUUGCACUGAUAAUGCUGCAGGCUGUGCUAUUUCCAAGUGUUCAUCAAACAGGAGAGAAGCAUUAAUUCAGCCAUUCUCUUCCAAGCAGCGACGCUCAGAAAUGUCAUUAGUGAUCUUAGACAAAGCUGGGAGUGUUCACUCUCCUUCCACAAGUAUGGCAACAUCGGCACAAUACAGACAGCUGAUAAACGACUACGGCCCCCCAUCUCUAGGCUAUACACAAGGGAUGCAGGGCACCAGCAGCAGUCAGGUACCACAGAGCAAAUAUGCAGAACUUCUAGCUAUCAUAGAAGAAUUAGGAAAAGAGAUUAGACCUACGUAUGCUGGGAGUAAAAGCGCGAUGGAGAGGCUAAAAAGAGGCAUUAUCCAUGCUCGAGGAUUAGUCCGGGAAUGCCUGGCCGAGACGGAACGAAACGCCAGGUCCUAGCCCAGCUGGUUCAGCUGCAAGCUUUUCCAUCUCUUCAUGAAGAAAAAGUAACACUUAUUCUUUUUGACUCUAGAAACAUUCAGACAAACUCAUUUAUUUCGAAUGUUUUACCGUUCUUGUUUUGCCCUUGCAAAAAUGUACAGUUAAGAAUGAAAAAAAGAGGAUUUUUCAACUUAUUGAGGGUUUGCAUUUUCUAAAGACGUUAAAACUCCCUAAAAUGUUUCUAAAACAUGGAAACUGAAGUGCAUGCAGAGGAAUGCUCUUUCUCUCCCAGGCUAUAUUUCAGUUCUCUUCUUAUCCAGCCACAGCCUCGUUCUGUUUGUUUUUUAUUUCCUUUGACUAUGUUCACUUAUCCCCAAAACGUCAAUCUUUCAAAGUUUGACAUAAGCUCUAAGGAUUUUUUUUUUAAUAAAUGCAGAAUAGCAUGCUGUACCUAGUAGUCUGCUAAGUCACAAUUUGUCAUACAGCAUAGACCCUGCUUAGAAAUAACCUUCCCCUUCUCUUAUUUUUCCUUUUUUUGUUCAUUUUGCAUAAACAUUUGCAUGACUGUUAGUGCUUUGAAGUCCACUUAAAGUGCAUGAGCUAUAUGGAAAAUAGGGAAACCUAUUAAAUAAUAACAAGGUCCUGGAAAGCUAAUUUCUACAUUAAGGCUGGAGAUUUCAGUUUAAAGUUUGCAAGAAAAAAAAAAAAAAAAGAAGAAAAAGGAACAUUCUGGAUAAAUUACUAAAACUGUUAUUUGCAUCUUUGUAUGUAUUUAUUACUUGAUGUAAUAAAGCUUAUUUUCAUUAACAGUUUGUAUUAAAA